AUGAGCUCAAGAUAGCAGGCUAGUGAAGGAAGCGCGUUUCGCCCUUUUUGUACAUUAUCAGAGCAGGACUCUCCCCGCAUAGAUUUAAGUUCAGUGGCUGGUACACUGACAGCGGGUAUCAUCAUUCGAACUACAUUUUCUACUUCUACAUUUGAAAGAAGAACAUUAUUGUCAAUCGUCUGAGACGAAUAUUAUCAACGGCUGGCCGAAAACUUAUAAAGUUGUAAAUCAACCCUCAAGCCGAUUUUUUACUCAUUCAAGAAAAACUUUAUUUUCAAGACCCGGCGUCUUGUUUUUGUCGACCUGGUUGUCGUAUUUUACCCGAUUUUCGAAUAAGCUGAAAUUUCUACUGUGAAACGUAGCAGCGAAAACGACCAAAGAUUAUUUUCAACUCCGAACACUGCCAAUUAAAAAAGAAAGUUAUGUCGCUACAAUUCAGCAUUGACAACAUUCUGGCCAAGCAGGCCCCAACCAUAGUGAACCCGGAUCCAGUCGUCCAUGCUGCGACCACUGCACCCAUGGCUCCAUACUUGCGUGCCACUCUGACAGCUGCCGCCGCCGCUGCCUGCGCGCCUUAUCAAAGUUCAGCAGCCGCUGCAGCCUGCUAUUCCUACUUAUAUCCUUACACAGCAGGAUUGUACUCCUCAAAUGUUGUACCUGCAACUUUCCUCUCCCCGUACGCUUUUGCCGCGGCCGCAGCCGCCGCCACCGGAAGCCACGUUGCUCCUUCUGGAGUUGGACCUCUGCCAGCUGGCCCGCCGGGAUUUUUCUACCGACUUCCGGCCAAACGCAAGCGCCGUCAUCGCACAAUCUUUACCGAAGAGCAACUGGAAUCCCUCGAAAACAUGUUUCAGAAAACCCAUUACCCCGAUGUGGUCAUGAGGGAACAAUUGGCUGAAAAAGUGGAUUUGAAAGAGGAACGAGUUGAGGUUUGGUUCAAAAACCGUCGUGCAAAAUGGCGCAAGCAGAAACGCGAGCGGGAAUUGAUGUCAGCAGAAACAGCCAGCAGUGGAUCUGCCGCUAAUGAUCAUCCACCUUCCAGUCCGGAAGAUGCAGAAAAGAGGUGUCAUUCACCCUCCAGUCGAUCCGACAACAGCGUUAGUCCCGGACCACGCUACAACACCCCGAGUAGCGUUUGCAGCGCCGACGAGUUGGAAUACUUGGCACAUGGCCAUACUGGUAGAUCCGUCAUCGUAUCUGCGCCCGAACUUCGCGUCGCAGAAUAGACGAGCAGAGGAGAAAGAUAAAAGAAGAUAGAAGGCAGGAGGAAAUGAAACAAAGAGUGAGAAGAUGGUGCAAAUUGUGACUUGCUCGAAACAGGACCAAAUUAAAUUAUCACUAUUACGUUAUAGCGUUUCCAAAUUUUAGACCUCGCAAAAAUGAUCGAACAAUAACUGCUUCCUUGCUAGUAUAACUAUUGUAAUUCAAAGCUACAUAUUAUGUGAGGCACUGAGAUUUAAAAAGUUCAAAACAGAAUGAUAUCUCGCAUUCCCCAAUUGCCAAAAUUAUCGUUUUCCCAAUUUGCGUUGUUUUUUCGCUCUUUUCAUUGUAAAUAGCUCGCAUACUGCCACUUCGUCGAUCCCUUAUUUGUAUUUUGUCCUGUUCGCGUUACUUUCCAUGUGUCGUACACUUUGGGGUCGGCGAUUCCACUCACCAUAACUCUGUAACCUUUUAUCCCAUUAGCAUUGUCUAUACGCAAGUCGUAAGGCACAAUAUUAAUACUUAUUAUGAUAUUUUUUUCUUUUGUCCCACCGGCAUUGAUUGUCGCGUUUUUUAUCCCUUUUUUACAAAUUAUAUAGAACUCCCCUCUGGAAGGGUAAAAUUGCUCCCGCGUCCGGGCCGACGCAUUUUUUUUUACUUUUUGAUGUAUAUAUGUUGUGUGUAUACCCGUAUACUAACCCAGCAUAGAAUGGCCAUAUAGUGAUAAUAUGUGAAGUAAUUGUUCAUCCAUUUUGAAGGUAUGUGUUUUGUGUUAUAAGAAGUGAUUAGUGGAGUUACACCUGUUGCCAUUGGGAGCAAACUUUUUAUCCACAUAUGACGGCCUCGUUUUUAAUGUACGUAUAGUUCAUUAUUACAUCACAAGUGCUUUGCACGCUAUAUUCGGAUUAGCACCAGGCAUUAGCAUAAGCCACAGGGUCUGGUUACUUGAAAUUUUUUUUAUAUUUUUUGACCCCUUGCUGAACGUCUACGUCAUAUUCCUUUGAAUAACCGAUCGCUUCAAGGUUUGAAGUAUAAAAUUUUGGUCUGGGGUUAAGAAUUUUCUUCGUAAUGGGUGAAAAUUGAUAUCAGUGACCCGUGUUGAUGCGAUACUCGUUUUACCUAAUGACAGUAUUAACGUCUUUGUUGGUAUCAGCGGUCUUGGCCGUUUUUCAGUUGAUAAUCCGACACCGAAACAUUCCACGCUUUAUCUCAUCACAUUUCUUCAAUUAAUUAAAACUAAGAAGAAGUUUUUGCGUGACAACAAAAUAGGAUUAGUCUAAUACCGGAUGUACCAAAAAUCGCUUGACUUGCUAUCUAAAAUAAACUCGUAAAAUCAGCUUUACUUUGUUUAUUUUAAUGAAUUUAGGCGAAACCCAGUAGAAAUACCUCGAAAUUAGCUUCCAUGUAAAGUUGUGUUUUGGUUGCCGGAAUAAAAUCGCACUCCAGCGAACUCGAUUUGGAAUUUCCAUUACUAUCAAGCGAUAAACCUUCCCGCAGAUUUGUUUUGUAAAUCACAGUUAGCCAGGCCCAAAACGUGUUAAAAUGUCUUCCGCGUGCUGUCUGUAUUUUUGGCCCUCGCUCGACUUGGGUUCUAGCUAUUUCAAUGUGAGAAAAUUUUCAUGGUUAAUCGCGAAAGCGUAAUCGAGCGAAUAAACAAGUUUCCUUAGGCCGGAAUAAAGUUAUGGGCGUUCCUUUUAUAAAUAAACUCGAAGAAAAUUUCACAAAGAGACCAGACUAUUCCGUGGUUUUGGUUACCGCUAACUUUGCGAGGACUGGGAUUAAGUGUAGCGAACAAAAGCCGUAUUGUGCGUAAUCUCCUCUAAAAUGUGUGACGAUUAUUGGCUAGCCAUCUCGCGCGCUUAUUCACGCGGAAUGCAACGUUGAAAACCAUACUGGAAAUCUCUCAAUUCUCAACGGCGCAAGAAAAUACUGGUUGUAACCGGUUCUCAAACCGCCCUGUUUAUUCGUUAAGUCGCUCGAUCAAGUAAACUAUUUGGCACAGGUAGCUGCACUCUUUAAACAUUCAAGUUUGAUAAAUGCGAUAUAGCGCUAUGUUUAUUAAAUUUAUAUUGCGCAUUAUAAAAAAUGCAUAAUGAUAUUGUACGGCACAUCCUUUUACAAAUUUUUGAUUCUCCCAUAGGUAAUUUGUAAGUAAUAAGUACUUGCCUACUUAUCACAUGAUAUAUUUUAGUUGACGAUUGAGGCCUCCAAUUAAAUUAAAACAUAGCGAGCAUAAAGGUUAUCAACCAAAAGGCCAUCCAAGUUUAUGCAUCACAUAUCGGAAGCUGUAAUCACUUAUAAAAGACAUAAUAAUCCACAGAGGGGGAAGCUUGGCUACAAAUUGCAUUAGCCAAACAAACAGAUUACUUCACACUUUAGAAGCGCACUGACACUAUUAAAUUAUUAAGUUUUAUAUUUCGAAGAUGACGCUUUUUGAUCCAAUCAUCUAAACCCCAUGGGCAUAUUUAUUCUAUCUGUGCGUGGGAGAGGAUACGCCAUGUUAUAAUGUCGACAACGGGCGUAAUUCGAUAUUUUAUUAACUUAUUAAAUUUGUUGAAAGUUUUAUUCAUGGCAGCGCGGUCAACUUGGACGUGUUACAGCACUAGCUGUUAAGAAAAUCAGUAAAUUGUUUAUACUUGAACGGUUAUUCAUGAUAAUAUAUUAAACAAACGACUUUUAAAAUUGGAUUUAAACUUCAGUUUCUAAGUAGAAAAUCAUUUUCGAUGUUUUUCAUCGAGUGUGUCUGAUAUCGGAUGAUGUUCUCUUUUUGGAAUGAUAAGUGGUGAUUUUCGUGAUACAAGUUUUUGAUGACUUAUUUACUGUCUCGUCAAGUCAGAAAGUAAUUUUAAAUCCACGCCCUUUGAGCAUAGACUAGUUUCCAUGUAACAUAUUUAAAAGCAGGCUAAUGACAGAUAAAAUCCUCGAAAACCGUUCGCGUAUCUUCACAGUUAUCAUUUUGUUUCUUUAUGUUAUUUCACGCGAAAUAAACAAACAAGAUAUUUCAUUUCUCCUCUGGGGAGAAAAGUCAACGUUAGUCCAAUCAUCGGCUUUACUUAAUUCCUUCGCAGCUAAGCUUAACUGAACCACAAAAUAUUUUAAAACGUACUGUCGAUCAAAUCGGUGGCCAAUAUAGAAGUCUUCGUUUGAUUUGCUUGUACGGAUCGAAAUAUACACAAGGUUCUAAUCAGCUAAUGUUGAGUUAACGGAGUGCACUACCAAAACACAACUAAUUUAGUGUCGGAUAAUUUAACGAUAUAAACUUUAUUUUACGUUUACUCGGAGUUUAUACUUAAAGCUUAUUAAAAACGCUUCGUUUCGCGCUGUUGGAUACAAGGGGUUAGCCAGCCGUCGACCCUCCGAUCCCAUUUCGCUUGCUCAUCACGCGAGCAUAGGCGAUGAGCCGUAAAAAUUGCCUUCUCGCUCGCAACGGCACAGCCCGCAGCUUAGUAGAACGCAAAACAUUUUGAACUUCUUCAAUUUUAGUGCGCUUGUUAGACAAAGAGAAUCGAAGCGCUUCUAAAAUUCAAAUGGUUUCGGUAAACAAAUUGGAUUCUGAUUAGUACAAUAAUACCAAAUAAAAACGGUAUUUUGAAUGUUAAAAUAGACAUCUGGAUGAUAGUCGGUUUUCAUACAUGAGCAGUCCUUGCAAUAGAACUUGAUAAACAACAGCAACACAGACCCUUUGUAGUAAAUUUCCCACGUAGACAUCAAACGCAUCAAAGUCAAUAACAGUGGAGAAAAUUAUUAGUCACAAACAAUAUAAAUGAUCUAAUAAACUAAAAAUAGUUGCGAACAACAGUUGCUUUAAGAUAAAUCCAUUUGAGUAUAAAAUGACCCGGAAACCGACCGAGUAUCGCAUUUGCAUUGAGAAGGUAUCGAAUUUUCACCCAUUCCUGGUAUCCCAUUUCGGACCCACUAUCAAUACCCCCUGUCCAGUUUGAGUACUUCUUUAUUUUUUGUUAUCAACAUAUCCAUCUCGAUUUUCGUACGGUUUCUACCAUUCAAGCCAUUGAAAUUUUAUCAUUAUCCCAAAGAACAGUUUUUGAUUUCUAGAAAGAAACAAUCAAAAGUCACUAUUUUUCUCAUUAGUAUUACCACACGUUUCCAUGAAAAUACUAUCUGCGUUAACUGCGUAAUUUAGUUUAUUAAAAUAGGUUAUAAUGCUCCAAAACUGUUUAUGACGAAAUAAACUCGACGAAGAGCUCACAUUUCAUUGGUCGAAAAAACCUCCAAAAGUAAUUUUCAAAAUAUCAGACCGAUUUAAAUGGAAUUUAUAAUAAUAAUUGUGAUAUUUUGAUUCAAAUCAAUAAUCAGAAAAAAAGUAUCCAGAGAGGCCAGCUUGGUGAAAAAGGGUCGUUGAUAAUAAAUAUACGUAUGCAUGCGUCGAAUGGUAGAUGGAUAUUUUGAAUGGUUUAAAUACUUUUUUGCUUAUUUCAUUUUAUCAGUUAUUUCUGUGAAUGUUCCAAUAUCUUAUUAAUGAUACUAAAAUUCAUCGCUACCAAAAUCAUAUUUCUAAGCUGUUAUAAAUUGUACAUCUAAGUGAAAUUUUCUGAUAUUAGUGUCUGCCUAAUAUCAGUGUAAUUUUAUUUAAUUGUACAAAUUUUCUAACAGUCGUAAUUAUUGUAAUAAGUUUCAUUUUCACGCAUUCAUUUUACACGUUGGUUUAAGUUGCCGCUAUUAGCCUAAGCAUCAGUAUGAACAAAAAAAAAAUUCAAUAUUUUCAGAAUGUUUGGUUCCUAGUUUGCAUAUUUCUCUAAAGCAGAUUUAGCUCUGGUGUUAUAGCGACUAUUUAAAUCAACUUGCUUGCUUUGUAUAAAAUGUGUAUCGCGUAUCAUCCUACCUUCUCUAUUUUCAUACAUCCGUUAUGAAUUGUUCCAAUUUUUCGGGUUUAAGAGAAACUAAGUGUAAAGUUACACUUUGUUUCACAGGCAUCAAUUCGUAUUUUUAUAUACUCAAUUUGUAUAAUUUUGUUUUUGAACGUAACAAAUGAUACCGGGUAUCAUCAUAGAAUAAUAAAAAUAAUUUUAUUUGCUGGCCAAAUCACUAUUUAAAUUAUAUAGUGCUGCUACGUCAUUUGAAAUGACACCAUUUUGUAAUUUUGUCUGCCAGUCAGCCAUUGUGAAACCACUAAAAUAUUUCAUGUAUAACAAUUUAUAUUUCGUUUUCUAUUUGGAUGGAGCAUCCCCGUUAAGGAAUCUGUCUUACUUGAUCCCUAUUUCUUGCCCGAACGAAAAAGUUUCUCAACUAAUGCUUUGUUGUUGUUUGAUAUUGUUGGUAUAAUUUGAUUUGUUCAUGCUAUUACUGCCUGUCAUUUUGUUUAUUCUACAAUUAAUCAAGAUCUCAUUAUUAUCGUCAUUUAAUUUUGAUUGGAUAUUCUAACAACGAAUAAAAUAAAUCAACGGUUUCA